AUGGUUAAUGCGAAUGUGGCAGCUCAUUUUCGAACGCCGACUGGGGGAAAACGAGCAAAGUUAGUAAUUGGUGAUCGAGUAAUGGUAGAGAUGCCAACUAAUAAGAAUGUUAUGGUUGCCCUUACUUACAUUUAUGGUAUUGGAAAAGCACUUGCAAAAGAGGUAAUUAAUAACGCUAAUAUUAGCGGCCAAAAGAAGGCUCGUGAUUUGUCUGAGCAGGAGAUUAAAUUGAUUAGCGAAGAAAUUAAGAAGUUUUUGGUGGAAGGACAGUUGAGAGAAAAGAUAAAGAGGGAUAUCAGCAAGCAGGUGCGGAUUGGAACUUAUCGAGGGUUAAGGCUUUCUCGUGAACCUUGUCCCUUACCGCUCAAACAAAGUACUAGACACAAUGGAAGGACUGCUCAUAAGAAACUCUCUAAUAAAAAAGGCUUAGGAAAAGUUAAAAAGAUCAAAAAAGUUCCUGAAGGUCGCGGUGCUAUCAACGGUUAUUUUAGUUUUAAUAAUACUAUUCUCAAUUUGAGUAAGGAGAAUGGCGAAGUAUUAACUCAGUGUAGUGCAGGAAGUAUUGGCUAUCGCGGAACUAAGAAAUCUACUGCUUAUGUGGCUCAAAAAGUAGCAGAGGAACUCAUUAGAAGGAGUUCUGAGUACGGAGUUUAUAGUGUGAAAUUGCAAGUAAAGGGUAUUGGAGCUGGGCGCGAUCCAGUGAUCAAAAAAAUCUUUGAGGCAAAAUCAUUGAACGUUGAGGAAUUAGUUGAUAAUACUCCAAUUCCUUUUAACGGAACUCAAAUUGAAGAAAUAACUGUUAAAGAUCAUCCAAAUACUGCAUCCUUUGUUUUCCGACAUUUGCCGGUUACCAUGGGAGUGACAAUUGGAAAUUAUUUAAGGAGACUUUUAAUUUCCUGUGUCAGCGGUAUAGCUCCAGUGGGAGUUGUUAUUUCCGAUAAAAAUGGUUCGGUGCAACAUAAAUUUGUUACUUUGGAAGGAGUAGUAGAAGAUGGUGCUCAAUUAGUUUCAAAUUUAAAACAAAUUAUUUUAGAAGAAAAAAAAUCAAAAGAAGGAAUUUUUUGUUUAGAACUUAGGGUUGAAAAUAAAACCAAAGAGGAAAGAGUAGUUACUGCUAAUGAUUUUUUAAAAAUUAAAGAAACUCAGAUAAAAAAUCCUGAACUUUACUUGGCUACUGUUUCUCCGGGGGGGAUUUUAGAAAUAAAAUUGUAUUGUCGUAAAGAUCAAGGUUAUCACGAAGCGAAAAAUCAAGUAAAAUAUGAUGGUUAUGAGGGUGAUCAAGUAAAUUUUGAAGUAAAUGAAACAGUGAUUGGUUUAACCAAGGUAGAAGAAGAAUUAAAAAUGACAGUGGUUACCAACGGAGCGGUUAAACCAAGCAAUGCUCUGUUGGAGGUUUUGCAGGUACCACAGAGUUUAUAUGAUAAAUUGCGUAAUAAAAUUGCUGGUAAAGAUAUAGCAUGGCGGAAGCAUGUCCUUGAUAAUCUAGUCGCUGAUGCUAUUCUGUAUGAAAAAGUGCAAACUAGUUUACCAAUGGCAAAAAAUUUGACUAAAUUAUUGGCUAAACUUAUCGGCCAAGAAAAAAAAAUUGUCUCUUUGGAUUUAAAAGCAGGUGAAAUUGUCAAUAUUUAUUUAUGCGGCCCUACUGUUUAUGAUCAUGUUCAUUUAGGAAAUUUGCGGCCGGUGAUUGUUUUUGAUGUUCUUUAUCGAAUUUUAUUGUUUUUAAAGAUUAAAGUCAACUAUGUGCAGAAUAUCACUAAUAUUGAUGACAAAAUUAUUGCUAAGGCUCGAAAAGAAAGAAAAACUGAAAAAGAAAUCAGUGAGCAUUAUACCAAGGCUUACCUGAAUAAUUUAAUUCGUUAUAAUAUUAUAUUUCCUGCUCACCUCCCACGAGUUACUGAUUAUAUUCCUCAGAUCCAAAAUUUUAUUAGUUCAUUAGAAAAAAGUAACUCAGUUUAUCAAAGAGGAGGAGAAAUAUUUUUCCAUGUCGGAGAAAACCAAGAAUAUGGUAAGCUUUCUGGGCAAAAUCUAACUAAAUUAAAAAAAGGAAUGCGAGAAAUUAGACACGAUAAUAAAGAAGAUUAUCGAGAUUUCAUGCUCUGA